AUGGAGGCGCGACUCCGAUCAGCGGCCUAUCAGCAGCGCGUCCGCCGCACCGUUGGCUGCGUUCUCCUCCUCUCCCUCAUCUCGUUCCUCCUCCUCGCGUCGUUCACCGCAAAAAGCGGCGCCGGCAGCGGCGCGCGCGAGAGGAUCUUAAGCUGGCUCCAAGUCUCGUGCACUUCGAGCGCGCCGCAAAGCGCCUCGGGAAGCCGUAGUACGGAAGCCGGCGAGUCGGCAGACGGGGGAUUGCGGGGGGUAGGAGGGAGAGGAGACGAAGGGCUGAGCGAACGCCACGUGUACGGUGGUGAUGGGUACGGGGGAGGGCGGCGGUGCGAGAGAGUGACUAAAGCGGGGAUAUGCGUCUCGGAUUUCUUCGCCCUCGUUGAUGACGUGUACCGCCCCUUCUGGCCCGGAAAGGUUGACCUCGUGAUUCGAAGCUACCUCUCUGAAAAGCUCUUCCUGCUCUACUCGCUGCUGACGUCAGUGGAGCUGAUGUGGCCGCGCGGGAUUGGCCGUGUGGUGGUCGUGCUGGAUGAAGGGGAUGACGUGGCAAUGCACCUCAUGCCUCCAUGGGUUCAGGUGAAAUACGAGCGCAACUACCUGAAGCUUCCCGGGAAGAUUCUCCAGCAGUGGAGCUACGGCUGGGUGGACAACUACACUUCAGCUCCCUUCGUUGCUAUAGCGGAUGAUGACAUCAUCUUCAACCUUAAGGUCACACCAUUCCUGCUCUUCAACCUGUCAGACCCAUCCCAAGGAAACCAAUCUCCAGUAGGCCGGCCGUACCUGAUAGGCAGCAAGGACCAAGGAUACCACCGCCCCUCCACGGAUUUCCUCCUUGGCCGGCGCGCCUAUGCGGGCAACUUUAUGGUUCAGCUGCCGCUGCUGCUGCCGCGGGGGGCCGUGAGCGGGUACAGAGAUGCAGUGGGUGCGGCGCAUCCCAAGAUGGCAGGGGGAUAUGACGAGGCCGUGCAGUGGUGGGCAGAGCAUGGCGGGCAGUACAGGGACCAGAUUGCCCACACUGUGAUGGGCAACUACCUAUGGAACAAUGAGAAGGAUAAGAUGGAAUUCGCAAUGGAGUGGACGGACCACACACCCAUCCCACGAGUGGGUGUGCAUCUGCCCUACACCAACCUCUUCAAAGACCUCGGAGGCUCGCCGGUUGACCCGGGCUCCAAGCUCAACCUCUCCUUUGUGCAAACGGCCGCUCACUACCAGAAAGAGACCAUCUGCCACUCCCUGCCGCCAG